UCACCUGGGUGUACCGAUUUUUGUUCACAAAGGAGGUUUCUGAUGUAAAUUACAUAAUUGGUAUGGCGGUCGGUGAUUCAAAUUGGACAGUAACUUGAAUUAUGACUACAGCCACUCAGUCUCAGUGUUAUAUAAGGACGCUGAAGCCGAACUGAAAAAGGUGGCUAGCUAGAUCUAGGGUCAAGGUGUUGUUUGUUAGCUAGCUACCCACCUAGUAAUAUCAGGUGUGACUCGUUGCCAGCUUCAAGCUAGCUACAAACUCACUAUAGGUUGCUCAUAUUUUAGCUCGUUAGUUUUCAAUCGGAAAAAAUAAGAUCGGACGAAAUCACAGAAAGAGGAUAACCAUUUGUCUCGGUGGCAAGAAGUCUUUGUGGAAAUAACGUGGUUUUGCCUGUAUUGGGACUUUUGCCAGACUCAGUCCAUCCCUGCGUGCGUUUGGCACUGUAGGGAUGCUGUUACGGUGUCGAAGUCCCGUGUGAUGCUUGGCCUUGAUGACCCCUUCCACCCAGCCCUCACCCCUUUGCCCCUGCCGGUAGCGGCUCUCCCCUCUCUCUCCCCCUGAAGGCCCUGGUCGCCGUGGGAAUGGCUGACAAGAAGAACCCGCCUUUCUUCAAUGAGGACAACACGGGCCCCUUCCACUUCAAGCCGACCUUCUUCGAGACUAUGGAGCUCCUCAUCGAGACGCUGACCGGCACCUGCUUUGAGCUGUGUGUCUCGCCCUUUGAGACUGUUGUCUCGGUCAAGGCCAAGAUCCAGAGGCUUGAAGGUAUCCCAGUUGCCCAGCAACACUUGAUCUGGAACAACAUGGAGCUUGAAGAUGAGUACUGCCUGCAUGAUUACAACAUUGCAGAGGGCUGCACGCUGAAGCUGGUCCUGGCUAUGAGGGGAGGGCCUAUCAACACUAGGAGAGUUCCCAUGGACGACCCUGUGAAGGAGGCAACCGAGUACAUGGAGGCAGGCCGGGAGGAGGCGUGGGAGAAGAGCCAGCACAGCAAGCAGGUCACCUACCUGGUGUAUCGUGAGGGCGACCAGCUCAACUUCUUCCGGGUUGUGGACAGGGGUGACGGCACCCUGACACCCGUCUCUGAGUCCAUAAGUGGCGGCUCGGUCUAUAACCUGUACGCGGAGGAAGAGGAUGAGGAAGAGGGUGAUGGUGCAGCUUUGGGCCAGCAGGCUUUGGAGAACUCCAUCACCAUGAGCAAGAUGAAGCUGCUUAAGGCCAAGAUGGAGAGCAUGAACCUCAACAAGAAGCCCAAGAAGACUGCAAAGCUGAAGCCGAGGCCCCCAGGAGGGGCGAGGCCCUGCAGCAGCAACCUGGCCCCCAGCCGCCACCACCAGCCGUUCCGUGUCCUCCCACAGAUCGGCCAGCCCCUGGCCCCCACAGUGCAACUACCUGCAGUUAGGGACCAGCAACCCAACAAAGUUGGCCCCGGCCACCUGGCUCUCUCACCCCUUCCCUUCCCCGCCCCUGCUCCAACCAGCCAGGACCUCAUCCAGGAGGAGGAGGAGCCCUGGGAAUGCCCCACCCUCAGCAAAAUCCGGCCCCCUCCCAAGGUGUCCCGCCUGGAAGUGGGUGGGCCUAAGCUGCUGAAAGACCACCUCCUCCCACCCCUCUCUGUUCUGUCCAGCAGGGGUGUACCCGACGGCUCCAUGGAGGAGGCGGAGCCGAAGGUGGGCGGGGUGGCGCUGAUAGAGGAGUCCACCCUGGCAGACCCCCAUACGGCCCUCCCUUUUAGUGACACAGGGGCGGAUCCCCUCAGCCUGAACCUCCCGGGCCAGGAGAUGGGGGGCAGGGGUGCACUGGGGGCGGUGGCCGAGCAGCUCCCUGCUGCGCCCCUGCUGUCUCAGGUCAUCAGUUCUGACUCGGUGGAUGCCUGGCCGGUGGGGGCCCGCCGGGUGUGCCGCAAGCCCGCGAGGGCACAGCUCGGGUCCUUCUGCGCCUCCCCCAACCCCCCGCUGGCCCCUGGCUCCCCCCAGAGGCUGCCUCCACCCUUUGAGUUCGCUGCCACUUCGCUGUGGCCCACCUGCUCCCGCGCCUUCCUCAAGGCUGAGGACUGCCCCACCCUCACUGCUGCCCGCAUCCAGGGCGUCCGGAUGGAAUCACCGAGUAGGCGGCCCGAGUUGUUAUCCAAACAAGAGGCACGGAGCAUAACCAGCACAGCUGGCAAGGUGGCCAAGGACCCGCUGGGGUCAUUCAGCAACACAGGGCUCCUGGCGUCACUGUCCCGUACCCGGACCCGGGAGGGCGGUCCUGGGCCAGGCUCACAUGUGGGACUGGGGAGGCUAUGCUCCGCAGGUGUGCCCCUGUCCACCAACAUCCACCUGUUCCAGGAGGACCUGCUAAGGAAAGCCGUGCCCGUAUUGGGUCCCCCCAACUCCUACACGUCUGCAAAUGGCUCAAAUGGAGGCCCCUCCAGCUCAAUAAGAAGAAUGGGCACUCCGACUUACCUUCUUCCACUCGUGAAGACUCCUGUUUUUCCAAAGAAGAAGAGCUCCAAGCACUGCUUCUUGUGUGGGAAGAAGACUGGCCUGGCUACAAGCUUUGAGUGCAGGUGCGGCAACAACUUCUGUGCCUCUCACCGCUAUGCAGAGACCCAUGCCUGCUCGUACGACUACAAAGGUGCCGGCCGCCGCUUCCUGCAGGAGACCAACCCCAUCAUCACCGCGCCAAAGCUGCCCAAGAUCUGAGGAGCUCUGACCAGAGAUCAUACACUUUCUCCAGCCCUGCACCUCCCCCUCCCGGCUGGAGGGGGGCAGGUGUACGAAACGAGAAUGCAAAUCGAGCGCCCCCUCUAACCCCGUCCCCCUCCCCCCAACCUCGAGCCCCUAUCCAAACAAUGUGAAAACCUAAAUGAAAAACCCCAGCAUGUACAUAGCUAGUGUUUGAAAAGACGCCUGCAAGGAGAUGGGAGGGGCUUUAACCGGACGAAUGCAUGUAAUGCAGUCUAUAUUUCCGUUUGUCGGUUUGAUUGUGUUUGUCUGUUUUCUCAUUUAAAAAACUAUAGAUCUGAAGAUCAUGAGACAAGUCUUUAAGAGAUGCACUUUAAUAACUAGUAAUAUAUUUAUCAACAUUUGACUGUUUGAUGGGGGGUGAGGGCGGGGCUGAAGCUGUCCUGUUUGUCUUUGUACUGAAGUGUUUUUUUAUGUGGACGGUCGUAAUGUUUAUUAUUCCGCCCCUCGCCGUCCCUUCCCCCGCUCACUCCCGGCACAUGAAUCCAGCGUCACUGUCAGAAGAGAGCCUCCUAUUCCAAGGGCAAAUAACUGGGGGCUCUGCUUUGUCAUGAUUCAGCAAUCUGUGUUUUUAAGUCAAUCCCAUAUCACCUUCAUAAGACAAGAUGCAAUGUAAUAUUUAUAUGUAUGAAUAACAGCUCUAUAUAUGGCUGUCGACAAUAUCUUGGGGUGACCACUUGGAGGGGGGAGGGUGGUUUGGAAAACUUCUUGGUUGCCAUAAAAAUGACACUUUUGUAAUGCCACAGUGUUUGUUUUUUUUAAAUCAAUUACACAGUACAAUUAGCUGUUUUUCUAAACAUUUUCAGUGCUGUUUAAUGAGG